AUGCUUUCUCGCUUUCGCGAAUGUAAAGAGGCUAGACUGGAACACCUCUCAAUCGAUUCAAAGCUCGAAGAGUUGCCAGUCAAGCAUGCAGAUCGAAUUCGUCGCCUCAUGGAGCUAACCCGCUCGCUCAAGUCUUCUAUGGGACAUCAGUGUGAUAUUGAACUUCCAAAAAUUGUGGUUCUAGGGGGCCCACUUACCAAGCAGAAUUCGUUGUUGGAAUGUAUAACCGGGGUUGAACUCCCUCGGGAGUUUGAACACGACCAAAGAGCCCCCAUCGAGUUCCGUUUGAUCAAUACAAUUGAAACCGACUGGGGAUGUCGCGUUAAAAUAAGGUACGACUAUACAAGGCAAAAUUACAAACAGAUCCCAGAGCAUGUGGAAGAGAUUACCUUUGGCGAAAUGAUUAGCGACCCAAAGAAGGUCGAAGGCGCAUUACGUGAAGCCCACAGUUAUCUGCUGGAUAGUGAUCGUUGCGUGACGGCCUCUCGAGGUAGCCAUCCUGAAACAGCCAGCGGUGGCACCGAAAAAUCAAUUCAAAGUGGCUGCCCGUUCAGCAAGAAUGUCAUCUGUUUAGAAAUCCGAGGGCGUUCGGUAGUAGAUUUGACUUUAGUGACUUUGCCCAAUUUUACUCGAAUUCACUCAAACCGGGCACUUCAAGACUUUGUAGUCUCUGAUUACCUCGAGACCAACUGUUGUAUUGUAUUAUUGAUCAAUGGGUCAGACCGUCCUCAAGUUCAUCCAGAUUUUGGUUUAGCCCAACAAGUUGAUCCCAUGGGGAGUCGAAUCAUAGGUCUUUUCAGCUGCCCAGACGUGGCUGAAGUGGCACAUUCAAGUUCGACAGCCAACUUAACAAGGGCUAUACAAUCUGGAUUCAGAGCGCUCCGCUCAGGUUCUGUCACAAAGGGGCCGUCGUAUUCCCCUUCGAAACCAGAUGCGUCGCUUGCAAGGCAGAUAAGCAACAGGUCAAUUCGAGGCACGACCACAGCAUGGAAGGCGAUGAGAUGGCAAGACCCAUUUUUUUCUGAAGUGAAGUUUGCGUCGACUUUCGAUGGCUCAGAACUGGUGAUAUUCUUCGGAGAGAUUUUCUCAGAGUUAUUACAACAAUCGAUACCCAGGUUGCUGGGAAUUACCUCUCAAAUCUAUACACUCCAAUCGCCCAUGAAUAUCGCGCCUGCAAAGCCUGGAGAUGAUAUCAGGGAUCGUUCUUUCUAUCAGGUCUACGCGACUUGUGCCACGGAGAUAAAUCGUUUCGUGGCUAGAACAAUUGCUGGUGAAGAGCUUGGCAGCGAGAUUGAGGAGGUGUACGAAGAACUAGGAUCCCGGGCCUUUUCCGACCUUCCGCUUUUUGUCCCGGUACCUAGGCGAGAAGAUGAUCUUCCGGCUUUUAAACAACUUUCAGAACUUGCAGAUAUGAAUCUGUACCCGGAGGCCUACCGGACGACCGACCCACAAAAAAUCGACAUCCGCUCACGCCGACCAAGGGUCUAUUUGAAGGAGGUGCAAGACUAUCUGAGACAUAUGAAAAGCGUGAACUGCCCAGGAUCACCAGGAGCUGUCCAUCCUUUCUGCGAAAAAACUCCUCUUAUGGACUUGCCGAUCCUGAAGUGGAAAUCACAUGCCCACGAUGCACUUUCGCAGGUGUUUCGACUCCUGCAAGGCGCCAUCGACCGCAUCAUCAACCAGCGGUGUACAAGAACUCCCAGUUUCCAACCCAAAAUUAGUGAAUUCAUAUAUCUACGCCUCAAUGAUAUAUUUUCGGAAGCACAAAAAAGCCUCGAUACGACACUGGAAUUUGAACUGGUUCCUUACACCCAAUGUCUACAACAACUAUUGACCCUUCGGGCUAGUAUAUUAGAGACAUGCCAACUCUCCUGUCACCUUCUCGACAGAGGAGAGGAAAAAAGAACCCCAGAUCUUACAAAAAGAGGGGCUAUGCACCAACCAGGUUUGCGGAACGGGUGGAUGUCCUUCGAAAGCAGAGGGGCCGCUUCACUUGAGAGGUCCAAGCCAAAACUGAAUGGCUGGGAAGUAGAAGUGAACGCUUGCGCAGAGGCGUCGGCUUACCUAGAUUUGGCACUGAGGAAUUUGUUGGAAAUUACGUCGAUGACAAUUGAGAAGGAGUUACUCGACGAAAUGGAUACUUGUGAUCUAGCAAAAUUCUCCCUUUCUACUCCCAGCAAUCCUGCCCCACCUUCAGCAGUCUUACAUCUAGUAGGCGAAAUUCAAAAUAUCAUCCAGGAUGAAACAGAAGAGCUACUUUUACUCGAUCCUUUCCAGUGUUGA